GCAGGCCGACUUGUUUUGCCACUUCAAUUCUCUCGAGUUUCUUCUUACACUACCGAAGACUGACGUUAUGGCCACAUCCGAAGGAAAUAAUAAGGAGCCAAUGAACGAACAAGCUGUUGCCAACAUUUAUGCAUCCAUGAGGACUGACAUCAAUCAAAUUUAUUCCAAGAUAACCGAACUCGAAAUGGAGGUUAGUGAGCAUUCUCUUGUCAUCAAUGCCAUACAACCCCUUGAUCCGUCAAGGAAAUGCUACCGUAUGAUUGGAGGCGUUCUUGUCGAGCGAACCAUUAAAGAAGUUCUACCAGCUGUCCAACGAAAUAAGGAGGGGCUUGACGAGGUAAUCGCUCGGCUCACUGAAGCCUUGGAGAAGAAGAAGAAGGAGGUAGCUGAAUUCGAGGCCAAAUACAAAAUCAGAAUUAGAAAGGGCGACAGCGAAAUGAAAGACGAGAGCGGUAAGAAGGAAGGGAAUGCUCAGGGGGUCCUCGUCGGCCCUGCCUAGUUCGAUUUCUGUUAACCUUAUUUUUGUGUGUGUGAAUUAUGAAGCCCGUUGGAUUGUGACAAAAUUCUUGAUGUAAUUCAAUGGCUGUCUUGAGGUAGAUUUAACACUGUUAUAAUUUAUCCUUCUUGAAUGUGUCCAAGGAUUUUCUCAGUUUUGGUCCAUAAUAGAUUGUUAGAUGUUGCAAAGGA